AAGAUGGAUGGUGUAUUGGCCAAUUUGGCUUCCGCGAAUGAGAACACUUGGAUGCUGAUCGGUGCCGUAGCUGAACAAAUGCAAGAUCAGGACAGAGCAUUGCAGGCUUUUGAGAACGCCCUCCGGCACAACCCCAGCUCUGUCCUUGGCCUCAAUGCCGUGGCAUCCAUUGCGAGAAGCAGAGACAACUUUGAUAAGGCCAUUGAGUAUUUCCAAAGAAUACUCAAUAUCAAGCAGGACAACGGAGAAGCUUGGGGCUCUAUGGGCCACUGUCUUCUCAUGAAGGAUGAUCUGCCAAAGGCCUACACGGCGUAUCAACAAGCUCUAUACCACUUGCAGAACCCUAACGAGCCCAAGCUGUGGUACGGCAUUGGCAUUCUCUACGAUCGAUACGGUUCGUUUGAUCACGCAGAAGAAGCUUUCCGCAGUGUGCUUAAGAACGAUCCAACUGACAAGUUUGCAGACUUUGACAAGGCCAAUGAGAUCUAUUUCCGGCUCGGAAUCAUAUACAAGCAUCAACGCAAGUAUCAAGCUAGUCUCGAUUGCUUCAAAUACAUCCUCAACAACCCUCCCCGUCCGCUCACCUCCUGGGACAUUUGGUUCCAGCUGGGGCACGUGUACGAACAGGACCGAGACUUUGACAAUGCUCGAGAUGCUUAUAUGCGUGUCUUGACUCAUCAGCCUGAUCAUGCCAAGGUCCUCCAACAGCUCGGGUGGCUUCACCACCAACCCGGAGCCUCAUUUGCGGAUCAAGAGCAAGCUGUCAAUUACCUCACCAAGAGUCUCGAGACCGAUGGAAGUGACGCCCAGAGCUGGUACCUCCUCGGUCGAGCAUUCAUGGCCGGUCAACGAUACAACAAGGCCUACGAAGCAUACCAACAGGCUGUCUACCGAGACGGCCGAAACCCAACAUUCUGGUGCUCUAUCGGUGUACUCUACUACCAAAUCAACCAAUACCGAGAUGCGCUGGACGCUUACUCUCGAGCGAUCCGACUCAACCCUUACAUCUCGGAAGUCUGGUACAAUCUCGGAAGCUUGUACGAAUCGUGCAACAAUCAGAUCACCGAUGCGAUUGACGCGUACUCUCGCGCUGCCGACCUCGAUCCAAACAAUGCGACAAUCAAACAGCGUCUUGACAUUCUCCAGAACGCAGGCAACCAGCCAUUACCGCCUGCGCCUGGACCCGUCGAUGUUCAUCCAUCUCAGUACACUGCGCAACCCCAAGGACCAUAUCCUCCAGGGACAUCGCCCGGUGGGUCUCCUCGUGGACCCGGACCCCAGCAUCCCGGUAUGGAUGGGCCUCCUGGCCAUGCUCAUGCUUCCGGCCCCGACGGCGGUCGAGCCCUUCCGCCUCCGCCUCCUGGCUCAGAGAUGGGUCGCGGACAAUCACCUGGACCCUUCCGAGGUGGCGGUGGUGCUCCCCCACCCUUGCAGCACGUGGAUGAAUCUCGCGGCAGCAUGUCUCGACACGCUCCGCUUGCACCUAUGGAGACGGAACGCCCUGGCAACGGUCAUCGAGAUCAUAGAAUGUACGAGCCAGGUCCUGAUCGUCGACACGCCGCUUCUCCUGCGUCGCCUCGUCGACGAGCACACUACCCCAAUCCUGGACCUCCAAGCGGUGGUUCGUUCGCUCAUCCCGCUGAUCGAGAUGAAUGGGAGAGACGUGAGCGAGACAGGGCCGGUAAGAGCAGUCUUGGACCGUCUCCCCGGGUUCCAGAUCGCCGACCAUCGCCGAGGGAUCGUCCUCACGGAGAGUAUCCUUACAACAACGGUGGUGGACGUUACGAAGAGCAUCCAUUGCCUCCGCCUAUCAACGGGAAUGGGUACGCAUCGGCAGGUCAUGCUCGUCAUCCGUCUUUGUCCAAGGAAGACCCUCGACUCACGACGAACGCUCCAUCACCUUCGCUCUCCAUCAUGUCGACUGCCAGUGGAAGCAAGAAGAGGAACAGGUCGACAUCGAAGCGCUCGGGAGCGCCAGGAGGUGACAAGAAACGCAAAGGGACGAACAGUCCUCCGAGCGUCAGAGGACGAGAAGAAGGAAGUGAAAGAGGUAGUGAGAGAGGCAGCGUCAGGCCGGAUCGAGCCGUGGAUGAGGGUGAGCGAGAACACUUUUGCCCGUGUCACUCGUGUCACUGGGGCCGAGCAUGCUGACAGGUGCACCAGAAUACGAUGAGGGCGGUGCGCUCGACGCUCUAAUGAGUCUGCACGGAGACCGUCCAACUCAGCCUUCGCCCUCCAAGUCUGCCGCUUCUCCGUCACAAUCCACUGCAACAGGUGGCAAGCGACCGGCCCCUA